UGGAUCCCAGGCAUCGACAAAUACUCGGGUCAAAGGAUCAUCUACGACGGCGACAACAGGGGUCACGUUUGAGAAUACUGUCACUGAAUAUCCCUUGGCAGACGAUGUACAUGCUAGCAAGCCUAACCUGGUUGUGAUUGUUGUGGUGCUACUGGCCAUUUUCAUUCUGCUCCUUGUAGUCGCUUUCGGACUUAUGUUCUUUCGUAGACGUCGGAGCCACGAUAAACAAUACGAAGAUCGCGUCAUAUGCACCUACGAGAAGCCUUCGAACUCUGAACUGACAUCACUCGACACUGUGCUUGUUCAACAAACACAGAGCUCCGCUGAGCUUACUGUUCACCUAACCCUUUCACGAACGGAAUCUGAGCUGGCCACCUACGAAACAGUGAGCGACUGCAAAAGAGAGUGCGGCUAUGAUAACAUUGAGACUAAUCGAAAGUUGAGUUCAGUAAGCGAGGGAUGUUCAGAUAUUCAGGAAAGAGCGCCAGAAAACACAGUGUUGGUGAGUGGUGAGAAAGGAAUACAGCAGCCACCUGCUUUGUGCGAUCAAAAAGAAGAAAACAAGGAUCAUGUUUACGCUGUUGUUCAUAAAGAAAGAAAAGGGAGAGCCAGUUCUGAAGUGAGCGCCCUAGAAAAGACUGCGGGCCACCCUCAGGAAGAAACAAGUGGCUUACCUGUGCAAUGGGCGUCCCAUGUAGAUCAGUCCCCGUCUCUGACACCAGAGAAUGGUUCGUCUCAUCAAACUGAUUCAGGGCUCGACAACAACACAGAGGCUGCAGGGAGCCAGACACCUCAGGCUGGCGGGAACACUGAUUAUUUGUACGCAGCUGUUGACAUGACAAAAAAGAAGAAGAAGCCGCCACAGAAGCCCGCUCCAUACCGUGGCCUUGUGUACGCAGAUCUGAUCCUUUCCCGCGAAAACAGUGCAAAGCUUGUCAAAGAACAGCCCCAAACAGUAUACGCCCAAAUUGAUCCCGUCAAGACAGCAAGCGUGAAGAUAUCACAGCAGAAUCCGGAGGAGACAAAGGACGGCGAACAUAAGUGACACUCGCUUUCUAUCUCAGGAAUGUUUUAAUGAUAAACAUAGAGAUGAAAACAAAACUGAAAGAAACAAGUAUGCAGACCCCACAAUUAGAGUUAGUGAUCGGUAAUUAUUUGUUUUGUCAUUACAAAUACCCGACUAGUUUUGUAGAAAUUUCUUCAAGGGAUUGUACUCAGAAUACUUUAAAUGAGCCCCUUUAAGGUACAUGCAUGUCAAAACUGAAAAAAAUCAGUAUAACUCAUAUGGGAUAAGUUUGUAAAGGAAAAAGUUCGUAGUCAGCAUUUCGCGCAUGCGCGUACUGAAGGAUAACAUUUCAAUAGUUCAAUUCACUUUGUCCUUGGUGUCUAGUUUCAUGCUGAGGGAAACUUUCUCUUCACGCAUAGUCAAAAUAAUGAGUUAAGCAUUAAAAUUCAGUUAUAAAGUCAUAAAUUCCUGAGGUUGGUUGACGUUGAAUUAAACUGCAGCGUCAAAUUGGCAAAUUGUAAAACCUGUUUUAACGUUUUAUUUUCAGAUACCACGGUAUGAAGUAUCAUAUAAAAACAACAAAAACGAAAUUAGAUAAAUAAAUGAACAAUAUGGUUUAAUAAAUGGGAAAUAUAUGUUUUAA